CUGGUUGAGAACUUGAGAUACCUAACUGAGGCCGUGAGCGAAGAUGUUCAAGUCGCCGAGAUGGAGGAGUGAGAAAUAUAAGAUCAAAGCUGUAUUUAAAUUGCAGUUUCAGGCGACUCAGGUGCCUCAGUUGGGAUGGGAGACUUUGAUGGUAUCGCUGGUACCUGUGGACGUUGGGAAACCGACAGUGAGACUGGAGAAGGUGGUAGUUAAGAAUGGAACCUGUCGCUGGGAAAAUCCAAUCUAUGAGACAAUCAAAUUUGUCCAGGACCCUAAAUCAGGAAGACUUAACGAGAAAAUCUACCAGUUCCUUGUUUCGAAUGGGUCAUCAAAAUCUGAUCUUCUAGGUGAAGUCUCGCUUGAUUUUGCAGAUUACGCAGAAGCAAUCAAACCUUCUUCCGUUUCCCUGCCCCUUAAAACUUGUGACACUGGCGCAGUUCUGCAUGUUAUAAUUCAAAGAUUGCAGGGAGCUAGUGAUCAGAGCAGAGAGGUUAAAGAAAAUGGAGAUGUGGCAUCCAAGUCCCAAGACAGGAGCUUAAGAAGCCAGUUCAUCAAUUCUGAUACAGAAGAAGGCAGAAUAAAAAAUUCUACUGACGAUGGGCCUUUUGAUAAAGCCACAUUUCAAAGUACAGGAACCAAAGGAGAUCUCAGAGCAUUGUUGGUCUCUGAUGCUACAUUAGCAUCAGGUUCAGAGAGCAGCUCUGGACGAAAUACCCCUCAAGAGCUAGGGUUGAAGAAUAAUAGCACCCAUCAGGAUCCUACCAGCGUCUUGUCAUCUCUCAGCCACAGUUCUGAGCCUCAGAAGCCAAUCCUAAAUGCUGUCAUGGCUAACCACCAAGAGCAUCAAAGAUCAAAUACAGAGUGGUCAGUGAGUUCUGCUCCGGAUUGGAGUUUAGAUGGAUCCACAAGUUCUGAGGACGCCCUUCUGAAAGAAAGACCAUCACAAGAUUCAGAUAUCUCCAUUGAAAAGCUCAAAGGUGAACUUGUAGUUUUGGCAAGGCAGGUGGAAUUUUCAGAGUUGGAAUUGCAGACUCUCAGAAAGCAGAUUGUGAAGGAGGGCAAAAGGGGACAGGAUCUCUCAAGGGAAAUUGUUAGCCUCAAAGAGGAGAGGGAUGAACUUAGAAGAGAAUGUGAACAACUCAAGGCUUCACAGAAAUGUUUUGAAUCAGCAAAAGCUUCAAGAAGAUUGCAGUUUGAAAGUGAGGACCCAAAGGCUCUCCUAGAAGAGAUCAGACAAGAGCUGAAUUAUGAAAAAGACCUGAACAACAAUCUUCGUUUGCAACUACAAAAGACACAAGAGUCUAACUCUGAGUUGCUUCUUGCUGUGCAAGACCUAGAUGAGAUGUUGGAGCAGAAAAAUAAGGAAAUAUCCAUUCUUUCCAACAAGGUUGCCGUCAGUGAGAAAGCUGAAGAGUUGCAAGCAAUCUCCAGAAAUGAUACGGAUGGGGAUGAAGAAGAAGAACAGGCACUGGAGAUACUAGUCAAAGAGCAAGCACUGGAGGUACUAAUCAAUGAGCACAAUGAUGCCAAGGAAGUAUAUUUGCUUGAGCGAAAGAUUGUAGACCUGUAUAGUGAAAUAGAGGUCUACAGAAGAGAUCGAGAUGAGCUAGAGAUGCAAACAGAGCAGCUUGCCCUGGACUACGAGAUUCUGAAACAAGAAAAUCAUGCUAUCUCUUCAAAGCUAGAGCGAAGUCAACUGCAAGACCAAUUGAGGAUGCAAUAUGAUUGCUCAACCUCUCUGCCCACUAUAAAUGAACUUGAAGCCCAGGUUGAAAAUUUGGAGAAAGAACUCAAGAAGCAGGCGCAAGAAUUUUCAACUUCUCUGGUUGCUAUAAAUGAACUGGAAUCCCAGGUCAAGAGACUGGAGGAAGAGCUUGUGAAGCAGGCGCAGAGGUUUGAAGCUGAUCUGGAAGCCGUGAUACAUGCCAAAGUUGAGCAGGAACAAAGGGCCAUUCGAGCAGAGGAGGCCUUAACAAAAACAAGAUGGAAUAAUGCCAACACAGCAGAGCGGCUUCAGGAGGAAUUUAGACGGCUAUCCAUACAAAUGGCAUCUACAUUUGAUGCAAAUGAGAAGCUGGCAAUGAAAGCACUGAAAGAAACUGGUGAACUGCGUCUGCAGAAAGGCCAUCUGGAAGAAAUGCUUGAGAAAGCUAAUGAAGAGCUUGCUUUAAUCAAAGAUGACUAUGAAGCAAAACUGAUAGAGCUUUCAAAACAAGUGGAUUUGAAAACAGAAAAAGCAGAGCAGAUGUGGUUGCAACUAGAAGAUACAUCCACAAAGCUUGAACAUCAAAAGAAGUACGAGAAAGAAAGAUCUGACGCUUUCACAAGGGAAAUCAUAAAUCUCAGAGCUGAGAUCGAGAGGCUUACACGAGAGCUCAACAGAAUUACAAAACAGGCAGAGCAUCAAGAAGAAUUGAGAGCUGAGAUGGAACAACUGAAGGCAUCAAUCAACGAAGCAGAGAUGUUAGUACAAAAAGGAAAUGUGAAAAGAGAUGAACUGGAGAGAAGAAUAGCUUCAUUGACAAAGGAAGCAGAACAAUCACUGGAGGAGCUGGAUAACAUGAAGUGUUUGAAGGAUGAAAAAGAGAAAAUGGUUGGAAAUCUACAAUCAGAAGUGGACACUCUUAGAGCUCAGUAUGAUGACUUGAAACAUUCCUUAUUUGAGGAUGAGUUAGAGAAAGAAAACCUUAGGAAACAGAUUUUUCAUCUAAGGGCUGACCUAAGGAAGAAGGAGGAUGCCGUUACCACUAUCGAAAAGAAGCUCAAAGAAAACAGUGGACAAAUUCUGCCAUCAGAUGGGCCCAAACCGAUUUCAAGGAACAAUAAAUCUUCUCCCGUUUCUCGUGGCUCUAAGGAGGUUGCUAAUUUGCGUGAGAAAAUCAAAUUGCAGGGACAGGUAAAGCUAAAAGAAGUUGUGCUAGAAAACUUAACCAAUUCAUUCCUAGAGAGGGAGAAGGAUCUGUGUAACAAAAUUGAAGAACUAGAAAACAGGAUGGAAGAGCUCAGCCAGAACAGUACAAGUUUCUGUGAAGAACAAUUCCGAAAGGAGACCAAAGAUGCCAAGAAGACAAAUGCAAAUGCUAGCAAGUUUGAAAGAGGAACAAAGUCGCUGGAUUCCAAGAUGUGCACUAACACUUACAUGUCUGAUCAAAAUGGCAUUGACAAACCCAUCACUAGUGAGAGCGGAAUUUCCUCAGAGAAAGAACUGCAAGUCGCUACUAGCCGAAGUAGCGAUAAAGAGAACCCUGUUGAAUUGUUAAGUGAAAUGGCACUACUGAAGAAGAGGAACGAAUCUAUGGAACAGGAGCUAAAAGACAUGCAGGAAAGAUACUCAGAGAUAAGUCUCAAGUUUGCCGAGGUAGAGGGUGAAAGGCAACAGCUUGUAAUGGCCGUACGCAACCUUAAGAAUGCUAAAAAGAACUAAUUAGCAUUCAGUAAACAGGAUACCAUGUAUUGGUGAAGGAGGUGGCUCUUCAAAGUGAAAGAUCCAAGCUAAACACUGCCAUCCAAGGGCUUUCAG